AUGGCACCGUCAAUCCUCGCCACCUGCAAGCAGACCCGGUUUCACAUCCUCAAUGACCAAGCGUCCCAAGAGGUUGAUGUCGAGGGUCUUACUAUUGCAGUGUCCUCACACAUGCAAAGUGCAGAGGACUCUCCAAGUACAAAAGCAAAGGGGAAGUCAAAGCUCAAGGCUGAGACAAGAGAACUCAUCAACGAUGCGCACCUACGGCUCAAAGCCGGCGUGCAUUAUGGGCUGAUAGGUCGGAAUGGCACUGGAAAAUCGACGCUUCUGCGAGCCAUGGCAGAUAAGCUGGUGCCGGGGAUACCGCAGGCAACCCGGAUAGCUAUCCUGCAGCAGACAGACACCGAGAGUCAUGGCGGCCAUUUUGAAAGCGAAGGUCGGGAAGAAAAGGAGAGAAAGUCCGUACUAGACUAUGUGAUGAGCAGUGACCGUCACAGAAACGAUGUCAUUUGGAAGAUGAACUUCCUGUCAAGGAGUCUGGAGAUAGAAGACCCGUUAGAGCCUGUCAGAAGAAUUCGAAGGCUUCGUCAUGACGAUAUAGAGAAGCAAUUGUUACUUGCCCAGAAAAGCGCCGAUAUGAAGAGUGGCGCGCGAGGACUGCAAGCGCGCAAAAAUUUGGAAGUCGUGGAGUCAAAACUACAAGGCUCCAAAGAGCUGCUCGAGCAAGCAAAGGAGGAUAUCGAUGCCGAGGCCAUAAAACAAGAGACUCAGAGUGCGAUGGACACAUUACACAACCUGCAAUCGCAGUUUGAGGCAAUGAAACUCGUCGACAUAGAGCAGCAAGCUCGCCGAAUACUUAUUGGUCUAGGUUUCAACGAGGACGCCUUGAGUGAACCAUUCUCAACACUAUCAGGUGGCUGGCGAAUGCGGUGCAUGUUAGCAAGCGUCCUUAUCCAGAAUCCGGACAUCAUGAUCCUAGACGAGCCAACCAAUUUCCUGGAUCUGCUAGGAGUAAUCUGGCUGGAGGGGUAUCUGAAACAGCUGCGAGACUUUUCGCAAACGACAAUUGUUCUAGUAUCUCAUGAUAGAGACUUUGUGAACGCUGUCUGCGAAGAGAUCGUCAUUAUCCGAGACCAAAAGCUCACCUAUUUCAAAGGAAACCUGACUGCAUAUGAACAGGACUUUGAAGAGCAGAAGUUAUACUGGGGCCGCAUGAAGGAAGCCCAGGAGCGGCAGAUAGCCCACAUGGAAGCGACUGUUCGCGAGGGCAUCAAAGUCGGGAAGAAAACAAACGAUGACAAUAAGCUCCGCAUGGCCAAGUCGCGGCAAAAGAAACUUGACAAUAGGAUGGGUGUCCAGGUUAAUGCACGCGGAGGGCGCUUCAAGCUGAACCGAGAUCUGGCCGGCUGGCAUCUAAGUGCCCGCGAUGAGAUCGAAGUUCCACAGGAUGAAAGGGGUGUCUUGAUUACCUUACCUGAUCCUCCCGAGCUGCGGUUUCCGGGACCGCUAAUAUCCCUCGAAGGGAUCGCCUUCAGAUAUAGCACUAAUACAUCACCGGUGUUAAAGGGCAUUGAUCUCGUGAUGCAUAUGGGAGACCGCGUGGGAAUUAUGGGCGUCAAUGGGUGUGGAAAAUCCACAUUGAUCCGUCUGGUUGCUGGCAUCACCGUGCCGACUCAGGGGAAAGUCUCUUCGCACCCGCGGCUCAAGAUGGGCUACUAUGCCCAACAUUCUAUCGAGGAGCUCCAGGCACUAGGGCAGGGAGAUUCGAGCCUGACAGCAUUAGGAUUGAUGACAAAAGACGUAGCUGGCUCGCUAAAGGAAGGUCAACUGCGAGGGUUGUUAUCAUCUCUAGGUCUUCAAGGGAGGAUAGUAUCCGACGUGCCAAUUCUUCGACUCUCCGGAGGUCAAUUGGUAAACACUCCGAAUCAAACGGAUGUACGCGCCACUAACGCCUGGGAUAUAGGUUCGCCUAGCGCUGGCAAGGAUCAUCUGGAACGCACCACACCUACUUGUCCUCGACGAAGUCACCACCCACCUCGACUUCCAUACAGUAACAGCUCUUGCAUCCGCAUUAUCCGCAUUCAAGGGCGCAAUAUUGCUAGUUUCGCAUGA